AUUGCGUCAUGCAUCCUCCUGUGCCUGUUCUAAAAAAAAACGGAAAGGUCCCUUACUAAAAGUUAGCUUACUACUAGAGAGAUGGAGUAGAGAGAUGUCGCACAGACGAGCGCACGCGAAAGUCUUGUGAGCUACAAAUUCUCUUCAUCUCUCAUCAAUUUAUCUAAUUUUUACAGAGAAUGAAUCGCCUGUGAAGAUAUUCAUUUUUUCCUAUCUCGUCGAUUGAUCGUGGUACCCCAUCUUUUUGUGAGCUCGAGUUGCCCACCCUGCGGCUACGUAUUUGUCAUGAUGAGAGAUAACCAAACCCCCAUCGACUUAUAGUAUACUUUCAAAAUUUUUAUCCUCGGAGGACGGCUCUUGAUACGAGCAGAAGCACAUCAUAAGCAGAUACUUGAAUGAGAAUUUUGAUGUUUUACAAACAUAAAAUGACGCGCCGGUUCGUGUAUUACAACUACCAAAUAUACUCGACCUCCAUGAUUACACAUCAUUUCCUAUGACCUCCUCCAUUGAAAAUACACAAGAACAUGACCAUGACGAUGUCGAUCGGGUACAGUAAGGAAAACCCGACUCUGAGUCGGUCGAUCACUGAUGAGAACCAUCAAAAAAUCACGGAAGCGGCAGGAGCUUUGCCACGUAAAUGCGCUUUCCCAGAUUGUCAGAAUCGUAUCGCCAAUGCGUUGGGCAUAAUUCCGGAAGUCGACCUCCCAAAGUAUUGUCGGAGUUUGCACGACGGCUACCGUUUCUGUGAGCGGCAUAUCUCAACCGACGAACGGUUUACGGCUAGGUGUGCAGGUAUUGCGAAAAGCGGCAAACCCUGUCAGCUGCAUAUUUAUUCGACACUGAGAACGGAAGCGGGAGAACUGGCGGUGGCACCCCUACUGCGCGGCGAGCGGUAUUGCUGCUACCAUCUGCCUCCUGGAUUACCUUUGUUACGGAAGAACUCUAAUCCAUCCUUCCCCCGAAGAACUCUCACAGAGCUGUUGUUCCGCAAGCGAAAAACAGAUCCGAGAGGAAUCCCAAGAUGGAUAUGGGUAGGCUCUACUAACUUUGAGACGAUGCAGCCGAGCAGACGUGGAGACAACUGCAGCUACAAGUGCUUUCCUCGACAAUGUUACCUUGGUAUACUACGACCUCGAGACUGGGCGUCUGCAGUCUGAAGCUCACAUACAAGAUGGUAAAGUCGAUGUCUCGAUAGAGCGCGUCACUGAAAUUGGCGCAACAGUGCGUUCUUCAAACAGGAGAGGUGGAGACCCGAAUGGUGCAGUAGACUACUUCUUCGAAGACCUGGUGCAUCCGGGAGCGCCUAUUGUUAUGACUUACCAUGUUUACCUUCAUUCAUCUUAUCAAAAAAAAACUUCUAGAAAAUGUUUGGUAUCUGUGGCAACAGCACUUAGUAAGCGGCAUCUUUGACGUGCUUUCAAGUGGAAACACACUACAAAGAUCAUGCACUCGAAGAUGAAUUUUUUGGGGAGGCUCUAAUAUUGUAGAACCUAAUGUGAGCGGAAUCACGAAUGUGAUGCUUGACGGAGUCGUCUCGGAGGAUAACAACAUUAAGUUUAAGGGCACAUCAACAUCAACAAGGAGGUCAAGGGCGACAUUUCCAGCUAUGAUCCGUAGAUUUUUCGACUUCCUGGACCAAUUUCCCGGACCUCUCUGUCUUGUAGCUCACAAUGGCCACAGAUUUGACGUCCAGGUGUUGUAUCACGAGAUGGCGCGCAAUAAAAUGACGAAAGAGCUUGAGCGGUUCAAAAGGGAACUCUUCUUUCUGGAUUCGACAGAGAUUGUACGCGACACGCGUCCCGACAUAGAGUGUCGGAAAUUAGGGUGUCUUGGACUCCGUUUGGGAAUUAGUCGUGCGGAUUAUGCUCCUGGAAAAGCACGGUCUCCCAGUCAAAUGAGCGGAAGUGGUGGUCGUUCAUCUCAAGAAUUCCACAGUCCGCUAGCAAGUGAAGGACAAGGGCAACGGAAAAAUACACACCUUCUUGGCAGACAAAAAAGUUUUUCCAAAACGCCAGACGACAUCGCAGGAAGCACGGACCUUGAUAUCAGACAAAAAAGCUUUUCCAAAACACCCGAAGAAGUUGCUAGACUGUCAGAAGACACACGCCUUGUCCGGCAAAACAGCUUAAGCUUCUCUAGAAUAUCAAUAUUAUCAGAAGACACGGACACAACAGCCCGAUGGACACGGCCUCAUCGCGCGUUAUCAGAUGCGCUGCUUUUGCGUGACGUUGUUUUGGCAUGUCGUGGAGAGGGGGACAUGGAAUCUGCGAACAAAUGGAAUCGAUCACUCGUGUCUAAUAUCCGACGAUACGAUAACGGUAGUACCGCCAGCGCUCUUCAGCCUAUACAAACCACAGGAGGGAGGAUGUUGCAAACCCCAAGGAACGAGAUCGUUCCAGGAUCUGCGGAGAAUGUGUUACAGACAACAGCAGUUGCACCACUACAAGGUGGUAGGAUGUUCAUCAGCGCAUCAGCUUCAGCAGUACAACCAGGGCCACCAGGCAAAGUCUUUCAACCCUCGACGACAACAGCUUUGACUCCGAUUGUGGCGUCACGAGGAGGCGUUGAUGAGAUCGACACAUCAGAAACGAGAAGAAAGCGACAGCGGGAGACAGAAAAUUCAGACUUUCUUAACGUAAAGCGCGUACUGAAGUUUGAUUGAUCGCAUUGUGUAUUCCCUUCUUCACCAAAGCUGCAGUACAGCGUGAGCGUUAAAUUUUCUAACGCACCUCUUGCUUUUGCCAGGCACAUCAUCACUUUCACUUGCAGCAUCAGCAUCUCAUCAUUCAAUGUGGGAGCUCUUCGUCUUCCCUUCUUCUUGAAAGCUGGGUAGUGUCGAAAAUUGCCAUAAAACAAGCAUUGAUCUUCACGAAAAACCAGAUGAUCGUUGACAAAGAUCUAAAUUGACGAAGAUCCAGACACUUUGAUAAGGAUCGACAAAGAAAAUUCCAGGCAGCAACAGAUCCGUUCG